AUGCCUUCAGAUAAAUUGCCGGGAGCGGGUCCGGGGGCCCACAGGAACAUCAACGCGCCUCCACUUCCACCCCAGCGGUCCACUGCAGGGCAGCCGGGGGGCGUUGCUAUACCUCAUGGCGGAGCAGGUGGAGGCGGAGCAGGUGGAGGAGGAGGAGCAGCAGCUGCGGGGGUACCUGCGCAUUUGCGUCGGGGACGUUCUCUGUUGGUGUUGACGCAAGACAAUCAGUACAAACUGUCGGCUCCUCCAGCAGACCCACACGGUGCUCGUUCCCCGUCCCGCGAUGCAUGGCGACCGACAAUUGCAGCGGGAGCUGCGACUUCUAGAAGUGCUGGGGACCGCGAGCUGGUGGCUGCUGCUCCGGGGGGCCAAGGGGGGCAACCUGGGCAGGGGGCCCCGCAGACAGGUCGGCAGCAGCCGGGGUCCAGGCCGGUGAAGCGGUUCAGCUUCCGUGCGGGUGUGGGACUAUCGAUUGAUGCACGGAGUCGACAGCUUUCAAGGCGGCUGUCUUCCUUUGGAAUGACGGAAGGGAAUGUCUUCGGCAGCUUAGCAACAAAUGCCCCUGCUGAGGCUCCCCCUUCUGUAGAUGCUGUGCUGAAGGAGCAGGAGACGAACGGAAAAGUGCACCUUCACUCCGCCGACCUCUUCGAAAGGUCUUCUCCCUUACAACGCCUGCGGCGCGCGUGGAGGUGUACGCUGCCAUCAGCUUUGGAGAGCACGCAGCUGCGGCUGGUUGAAACGGAUUGUCCAGUAGAGCAUCCGUCGCUGAAGCAGACACCGGAGGUGCAGGAGCAACUGCGGGGGUUCUUCCCUGCCACGUUUGGGAAAAAGUACGUGGAGGUGGUGCCAGGCAUGGGCAGCGGGGCUGCCUCCCCAAAGGAGCCGCUUGAUCACCCUCUCUCAAAGGCGCUAAGAAUUGGCAUCGUCUUAAGCGGAGGCCCUGCCCCGGGAGGCCACAACGUCAUCGCCGGGUUAUACGAUUUCGUCAAGCAAAAACAUCCUGAAUCAAUGCUCGUUGGGUUCAUGGGCGGGCUUGAUGGUGUUAUGAACCAAAAUUACACGGUGGUAACUGAGGAGUUAAUGGAGGACUUCAGGAACCAGGGCGGCUUUGACAUGCUGUGGUCUGGCCGAGGUCGCGUUGGGGGCGAAGAGGAUAUUCAGCGCGCCAGGGAGGUGUGCGAGUCUCUGGAGCUGCACGGCUUUGUUCUUGUGGGGGGUGACGGGUCGAAUAGCAACGCGGCGUUGCUGGCAGAGUCGUUUGAGAAAGAUUUGCCUAGCUGCUGCGUGAUUGGGGUGCCCAAGACGAUUGACGGGGACCUCAAAAAUGCGUUGAUUGAGGCUUCCUUUGGGUUUGACACGGCAGCGAAGACGUACUCGGAGCUCAUUGGGAAUUUAUGCAUUGAUGUGAACAGCUCACAGAAAGUUUACCACUUUGUGCGGGUUAUGGGGCGCAGCGCGUCGCAUCUCGUCGUGGAGUGCGCAAUGCAAACCCGUCCAAAUUUGGUCUUCAUUGGGGAAGAAGUGGAAAGAGAAAAUAUGUCCCUUGAACACAUUGUUCAGGAACUGGUGAACCUCGUUGUCAAACGUGCAGAACAGGGCAAGAUGUAUGGCGUCAUCCUUGUUCCUGAAGGUCUUAUUGAAUUUAUUCCAGAGAUGAAACAACUUAUCAAAGAACUCAAUAGCGUUCUCAAAGCUGGACAGUUUGGCACCGAACGCAUCAUUGUGUUAUCGGACGAGAUAGAGUGCUGCUAUGUGCCUCCUCAGCCCUUCAAGCCAGAGCUGCUGAAGACAACACGCGCUGUUUGGGAUUUCCUGCCUGAUGUCAUUCAAGACCAACUACUCAUGGACAGAGAAAGCACGGGAUAUAUUCAGGUCGCGAAGAUAGCAACCGAGAGGCUGCUGAUUUUGCUGCUGGAAAAUGAACUGGCGAAGCAGGGCAAGGAUCCAGAGCAAUGGAGUUUCAUGCCACACUACUUUGGCUACGAAGGCCGCUGCGCCAUGCCCUCUAACUUUGAUGCAAAUUACUGUUACUCUCUUGGCUUCGUCGCAGGUGUUCCUUUCACGACAAUGAUGUGCGUCAAGGAGGACGCCAAAGGGGUCGCCUUCCCUGCCAUCACGCGGUCCCUAGUGGACCUUGACGGGCCUCUCUUCAAAGUUUUCUGCGAGGCUCGUGAACACUGGAAGUUUGGCGACUACUAUCGCGUACCAGGACCUAUUCAGUUUGAAGGACCUACUGCUGACGAACCUGCGUACGCAGUUUCAAUACCAACUAAAGAGGAACUCCUACACCAGUCCGAGGCUAUUUAUCAUGUUGGGGUCGGCGGGAGGGUGGUCAAGAGCUUCGGAUUUCUCAGCGCAUUGCAGCGUGAACGAUUGACACAUCGGCCGCCAGUGCCCCCGCUGUGUCUGGAUCCGAAGUGCAAGGCAAGGCCAAUGAAACAGGUUCUGUGCAAGGACCCUUACACCCAGCGUCAGGUGUUAAUGCACUAUCCGUACUUGGCGAACAAUACCCUGUUCUACCUUCAUGAAGUGGCACACGAUAAGUACACUCCACCCAUCAACUACGGCCUUCGCGUUGGAUUCGUUUUGUUGUCAAGACAAAGCCCUGGGGUGAUGAAUGUUCUCUGGGGUUUGCACGAACGGCUGAAGAUGGUGCAGGGGAAGUGUCUAGCCUUCUUUGGGCUGACGGGUUUGAUUGAGAAGAAUUACAUUGAAAUUACGGAUGAGAAUCUUGAACUUUUCCUGAACCAGGGUGGCUGCGAGCUUACGGGACGCAGCACCUCUCACUGCUUGGGGUCGGUUGAAAACCAGGAGGCCGUGAGACAGCGUUGCGAAGAGCUGAUGUUGGAUGGGUUAGUUAUGCCUGGGUCGGCAUUCGCUAUGUCCGAGGCUGCGCUGGUUGCAGAAUACUUCCUGGCCCGUCAGUGCCGCACUUCCAUUAUUGGAAUUCCUGCAACAGGCAGCAACAACUUAGCUGGCGAGUUUAUCGAAACCUGCGUCGGCUUCGACAGCAGCACGAAAGUGUAUGCGGCCCUCAUAGGCAACGUCCUCACGGAUGCCGCCUCUAUGCCAAAAUACUGGCACUUUAUCAGGCUUAUGGGAAGGCAGCCUUCAUUUGAGGUGUUGGAAUGCGCGCUUCAAACACAUCCGAACGUGGUUAUCAUAGCAGAGGAAUAUGGAGCUGCUGACAAGACGCUUUUGCACGUCGUACAGGACAUUGCAGACGUCGUCUGCCGUCGUGCGGAGUUAGGAAGAAACUUCGGGACGGUCUUAAUUCCAGACGCGCUUUUGAUGCACUUGCCCAACAUGAAGAUUCUGUUGGCGGAACUCCGGAGAAUCAUCAGAGAGGCACAAGCAAAGGGAGAGAUGAAGAAGGCCCAGCAACAACUGAUGGACGUGGAUAGUUGGGCAUCUAACGAACCUGACAGCUGGAAUUGGCGACUAACACCGUGGAGCGCUGCCCUGUUCAAGACUUUCCCGAAAUUCAUCCGCAGAGAACUGGUUCAAGUGGACAUGGGGGAGAUUCGUUUUGAACGACUAGAGACGGAGGAGUUGCUGGCUCAGAUGGUUAAGGAAGAAUUGGAAUACAGGGCCUCCAUAGGGCGAUAUUGUGGCAAGUUCCAGGCGGUGACGCACUUCUUCGGCUACCAAGGACGGUCUUCAAUGCCCUCGACGUUCGAUGCAAAUCUGGCAUACGCUUAUGGGAACCUGGCAUCAAUUUUAGUAGAGUCGGGCGUGACGGGUCACUGCUGCAGCAUCCGCGGGCUAUGUGGCAAUCCAAAAGAAUGGCAUUUAGGCUCUGUGCCCUUCGUGUCGCUAAUGCGGCUGGUGCCUAAUGUCCAAGACAAUCCAACUUUGACUGCCGCGACACAGAAAACGGGCACAUCGGCUGCAGAUGGAGUGGUGGACCGCACUUCAAGGACCCCAAGUGUUACUGAACAGCCAGUUAUUCCGAGCUCCGAAGUUAGCCUUGACGGCAAGGCUUACAGGUGGAUGAAGACCGCGUUGGAACAGUGGAUGAUGGAAGACCGGUUCUGCAAUCCUGGGCCCAUCCAAUUUUAUGGUGUCGGGUCCACCUUCUUUAACCGGGUGCUGUAUGAGGAGCAAGCAGAGUACUUUGACAUGGUUCGGCGUGUCGAGUGUUACACCAAUAUCCUGCGAAACACGUGCAGUUUUGGAGUGUCCGACCACAUCCUAAAGCAUGCUUUCGUCUCUCUUACAGGGUUGCUCAUGUUAGUCUUCCACUCAGAUGAGCUAACAACGCGUAUGCCGGCCUUAGGACAGAGCGAUGAAACAGACUUCACGGAUGUCGAGCCCGCGGCACUUCGCAAGACAACAUGGAGAGACCAAGGAGGCCAGCUGGGGCGGCCUUCGUCAGCUUCGAAGCCCCAGGGAAACUGA